AUGACGGUCUGGGAGUGUCCGCCGCCUCUCGAAGUUCCUGCGCUGCGUGGGAGGUUGUCCGUCUCUGUCUGGGGCCUGGGGGCGGGGCAGCGCCGGCGGGCUGGGGACUUCCUGCGCCGCGCGGCUGGCGCCUGGCGGUGGCGGCCUGACAGCCACGAGCGAAGGCUCCGCACCCUUGUCCGCUAUAUAUACGCGGCCCGACCGGCCACCGGCCACCGGCCACGCCCCCAAUCUAUCCCCACCAGAUCGACGCGACGCUCCUCUUCCUCCUCCCCCUGCUCGCUCGGCCUCCUUCCGUUUCUUGUUGGCCCGGUUAAUCAGCUAGGAGAGCGCGCGAGCGCGGCGACGAUGGGCGGCGCGGCGCGGGUGCUGUGCGGCGCGGAGGAGGAGCGGGUGGUGGGCACGCACAAGGCGCCGGGGGCGUGCCCGCGCUGCGGCGGGGCCGUGGUGGCCACCGACGUGGAGAGCGAGCGCCGGAUCCUCUGCCUGCCGCUCUGCCUCAAGAGCAAGCGCAAGUACUCCUGCUCCAGGUGCCUCCGCCGCCUCGUCACCCUCUACAGCGGCUAGAAGCUAGCAGCAACGGCUGAUGCUGAUUCACCUCGGCGUUCUGAUGGCUCCUGACUGCUCGGUCGUCCUGCUUAGGCAAGCAAGUUGGUAGAUUAGCUUCGUGCGUGUUCUUCGAUCGGUUUCUUGGCUCUGGUUCAGGCUAAACAAUCAUGGCCAGGCCAGGCCUUGAUCUUUAUGGCUAAUGCGUGUGUCCUCGUAGCUGAAAGGACUAGGCAAUCGGUGACCUUAGUAGGAGAGGAGAGUUGUAGUAGCUGGCUGCAAAUGGCAACGGCGGCCAGCAGAGGUGAGCGAGCAUGUGAUGUGGGAAGAGCACGUGAUGCAGCGUCGAUCACCAAACCUGAUGAAAUGUAAAUUAUCUACUCCAUCCAGUGUUUGUAACGUUCGUAAGUUUCUCAACGCAAGGUUGCAGAGUGACUUUCGGUGCU